GAAUGUUUACUAGGGUUAAAUGUCAGGAAUGGUGAAAAACUGAGUUUAAAUGUAUUUGGCUAAGGUGUAUGUAAACUUCCGACUUCAACUGCACGUUAUUCAAUCAUUGCAUACAAACGGCUCGCUCGCGCAUGUCUUCUUAGCUAGGCGCUAAAAUAGAACUUGGUUCUAUUUGUGACGCUUGAUGCGCUGCAAGUCCCACCUAUCCCAUCUCCUCAUUGGUUUUUAGGGGCAUAUAACCACGUGGGGGAUUGAAAGAUUAACUGAGGUCCACACUCCAGUCCAGUUGGUAGUGGUAAUGCACCUUAAAGUUGGUUGCCCACUGUCAUAUAAAGUCCAAAUAAGAAGUCUGACAGAAGAGAGAUUACUGAAAUUGAACUCGGUUUACCCUUUUAUCUGUGGAUUAAUAACAACCCAAUGUUUAUCCCAGGAAAAAUUAGCUAGCAACAGCAAGCUAGCUAGCUGAAUUGCCAUGAAUGUUUCAUGCUUUUCGACCUGUCCCCAAAUGAAUAUAGUUGGUUCGGAGUUUGUUUGGAUGUUUCAACCUGCGUGUCUUGAGCACAUCUGGUGUGGAUAGACAAAAUCAACUUGCGCACACCCAGUCUAGUCAGCAAGUAAGGCACUGCAUCUCAGUGCUAGAGGUGUCACUACAGACCCGGGUUUGAUCCCGGGCUGUGUCACAGCCAGCCGGAAUGUCCUUAUCCGUACGGAAGUUGCAGCGAUGGGACAAGACUGUAACUACCAAUUGGAGAUCGUGAAAUUAGGGAGAAAUGGGAGUUAAAAGUACCACAAAAAAAAUAGCAAAGAUGAAGAAUGUAGCAAGACAAGAGCGUUGUCGCGUCCUGCAUGCUUGGGAUUUUCCAAGACCGGCGCGGGAUUCUGUCUGCUGCUCUCACAAAGGUCACAGGUCGUCUUCAUGGUUCCUCUCAUUACAAACCACCAUACUGAAGCUAAUAGCUUUGGACUGAAGAGUUGAGGUGUGACAUGACAUUUGAAAGUAGACUCUUUGCUCGUCCCAGACUCACUUGUGAAUAUUGUUACAAAGAGUUCCUCUGUAGUUUGGUCUGAUUUCACAUUGUAUUUUACAUGCAGUUAGUAAGUUGUCCAAUUCCUGGAAAUUCACUAAUAACCAUACUGCAGUGAAUAACCUUAGUCUACCUAAAUCUUCUGCAGCAUUAAUUGUACAUUUGACUCAACGUUUGCUCUGUUUUCUGAUGUGAAGAGAAUAGUUAAUUGAAGUUGAUGACAUACAUUUUUUGUUCAGGUCAACUUCAAACCACAGGUAGGAAAACAUUUGGCAGACUUUAUAUGACACGUGUCAAACAAGGCAGAAUCUAUCCCGUGACACAUUUCUAUCAGGCUCACGCAAUGAUUUGUAUGGAAAUUACAUUAAAUUCUCUGGCAACAGCUCUGGUGGACAUUCCUACAGUCAGCAUGCCAAUUGCACACUCCCUCAAAACUUGACACUUCUGUGGCAAUUGUGUUGUGUGACAACUGCACAUUUUAGAGUGGCCUUUUGUCCCCAGCACAAGGUGCACCUGUGUAGUGAUCAUUCUGUUAAUCAGCUUCUUGAUAUUCCAAGAUAACAUGGAUUAUCUCGGCAAAGUAGAAAUGCUCACUAACAGGGAUUUUCUGUGAAAAAUGUCUGGGAUCUUUGAUUUCAGCUCGAGAAACAUAGGACCAACACUUUACGUUUUGGGUUUAUAUUUUUGUUCAGUGGACAUUAUAAAGGGACAUAUUUUUCAGAAUAAAACAAUGGCCAGUUUGGGUGGCAGUUGUAUGCACUGUUUAAAAAAAAAAAAUUAAACAGCAUAAUAGGCUAUACGUAUCUUGGCUGUGAUUUUUUAAUAUUUUUAAAUAUGGCCCUUGAGCUGACUGAGUUUGACACCCUUGUUGUACAGGAACUAGCUAUCCCCUAAACAAAAACACAAAGCCCCUCCCUCUUCUCCUCGUCAUUGUGAACAAGUGUUUCUCUGCAGUGUCGUCAUAGUCUGUCUCCUCCCCUCAGUGUCUUUGAUUCACACUGCUGCUGGCUGCCUUAGGGUGUGAUAAACACACGUCUCUCCAAUGUGGCCUCGCUGAAUCAACCCCAUCUGAUUCACCCUGGCACACACACAAUCUCUCUCUCUCUCUCUGAUGUAGGCCCACCACUCACAUUUGUUUUAUCAGCUGUGGUAACGCUAAGCCAGAGAUCAGAUCCCCCUCCUCAGCCCCGAUGCCCCUGAUAGACAUGACAGUGGCCCUCGUUGGCCUCGCCAAUGUCAGACUCAGAUGUUUCCACGAUGACUUCAUGCGGAAUAGAAUGUGUGCCGCACCUUGAUUCCAUUCUGGAAUGUCCACAAGGAUGAAAUCCACCAGCCUGGGGAAGUUCUCAGCUCUCAUAUAGCGAAGUCAGACUGAGAGAGGAAUUCCAAAGAAUAUUUGUGUGUGUGUGUGUGUGUCUGUGCAGCCUUGCCUGCCUGUGAAAACAGAUUAGAAAUCCUUUACUGACCAAUGCAGGCAGGAAUGUGUUGGACCUUGAGCCUCACUCACUCAAAGGCCAGGGGAAAUCAAGUGCUCAUCACACCCAACACUCAGAAAACAUUAUCCUACAGAUCCAUCAACUGGUUGACGCGCACACAAGCACAGGGUCGGGGAGUAACUGAUUACAUGUCAUCUGAUUACAAAAAACGAAUCCGUUACAUUACCAGUAGAAAUAUUGUAAUUGGAUUACAGAUACUUUUGAAACACUAGAUGAUUACAUUUUGGAUUACUUUUCAAUUCAGAAAGGAUGUUUGCAAAAAAAUACAUUGACACUUUUCUGUUUUCUCAAUGACAUUCAGUUAAACAUUGAAAAAAGGCACAAGUUUAAGUUUGUUCCACAUGAGCAAGUCUGAGCACAAGUCCGAGACCACUAUGAUAACACACCAAACACGUUUGAUGGAUUCUUUUUGUCUUCUUCUAAUGCCUCUUAAACGGAAAGUGAACCAAAAGUAACUGAAAGUAAUUAGAUUAUGUCACUAAAUUGGGUAAUCUAACAAUUCCAUUACUGAUUUCAAUUUUGGACAGCUAACUAGUAACUAACCGAUUACAUUUAGAAAGUAAUCUACCUGACCCUACACAAACACACACGCACACCAUUGUGUAAAACAAUAGUAAUUACCAGCAGUAAGGCUUUUUUAGGAAGAGGAACUUGCUCAGUGCUAGGUCGUCCAAGCCCUCCAGGUGUGUGUGUGUGUGUGUGUGUGUGUGUGUGUGUGUGUAGUCAUAACAAAGACACAGAGCUCUGCUCCACUGUAAACAAACUGAGCUGGAGACAGCCCACUGCCCUUAUCUCUCUGCUGUCACAAGGACUGUGUCAAGAAUGCCCUUGAUGUGAGUGUGUGUCAACUUCUUCAUCAAAAGUUACAUCAAAAGUACUACUUACAUGGUGGUUUUAUUUCAAGCUAUUUUGAGGGUGUUGUAUUUUCUUUAAUCAAAAUAUAUUUAUAUACAUAUUUUUUUAAAGGAAACUACUCAAAGUAGCUAACUAUAAAAGCCUGUCAACCAUUUUAAUCUGGUGAUGAUGGUUUUAGGAUGUGGUUUCCUCAAACCUCCUUGGUUGAAUCUGCUCAGUAGUAAGUCCCUGUACCAGUAACUUUUUCCCAGCUUCAUUCACAUUUCAAGAAGCACAAUUAUACGUUUGAGAGUUCCUGGCACCAGUUGUUCCUUCCCCCAGUCGCAACAGCCCAUUCUCCCUGCUCCUCUGCCCUGUAAACUUAACACAAUGUCAACUAAUACACAAAAGCUGUUAUUUCUUCCUAUUCCUGUUUUCCAAUGUGGCGCAUUCACAACCCUGAACUGAGAUAUCUGCUAUGAAUGGGCUCCAUCUCUCCAUUCAUUCGGACUAAAACGCACCAGACCACAAGCACUAGAGACUACGUGUGAAUGGGAGAUGGCACAGUACAACCAUUCACAUAAGUCAAGUAGGUUCAACUAGGAUUUCAGUGUUGCCUUUUUCACUGCAGUAAUACAUGUAGUAUGGCUAUGACCUCUAACUACUCUGGCUCCUCUGAAGAACGUGAAGUGUUCAACCUGAAUGACAUUGACUUGUGUUGACCACACAACUACGACAUGAGUGCGCAUGGCAUAAGAUCAUGUAGGAAUGGAGCAGGGUUAACUCAUAUGGGCACACAGAACAGGGCAUAACUCCCCUCAAACGUCCUCCAGUAAAACUAGAACGUUUUAAUGAGAGAGAGAGAGAGAGAGAGAGAGAGAGAGAGACGGAGAGAGAGAGAUUAAACGGUAACACGAGAAUAACGUCACUCGCUCUCAGAUGUAAGCAGACUGGUCCGGAGAAAACCGCUUGCGCCUCACUCAUUCGUGGUCGAAGAGAGAAAGCGUGGGGUAGAAAUAGACUUGGACCAAGGAAUCGUGUGGGUAGAGGCAGCACACGGCAUUAUCCACAAAGAAACGUGUAACGCAAAAAUAGUGGUUUUAAAAAGUUAUUUCUGCCAGUUGGAUUUUUUUUAUUGAAAAGCGCCCAUAUUCAUCGCUGGACGUUUUGCAAAACGUGGAAAACCUACCCGUUCUGAAGAGAAGACUUGCAUAAUCAGGUCUGAAGUGAACCUGACUCUGGCUCGUUCUCAAGACUCCACACAAAAGGUGUGUAGUUGGUGAGAAGCCAGCUGGCUGGCCCUGGAGACACGCCUUCACUACGAUGUAGAGUCCAGAAGAGAGAGAACGAGAGAGAGAGAAAGACGAAAGCGAUACUGUUUACUCGCUACGCACAAGACGGGAUAGAGAGCAAGUGAAAGAGGGUGAGUAAGACAGUGGGAAGGACGGAAAGAAAAUAUCGAGUGACUGAGCAGAAAGAAGGAACAAGAACAACAGCAGUGCCCGAACCACAUCAGGAGGAGAUAAGAGCAAAGAAAGAGAGGGACACUGUGAAUCAUUGACCUCAGGCCCUGCCUCCAAACCAGCCUCUCCCGCCCUCCACCUCCUCCUUCCUCCUUUCCCUGCGUUGGAACUGUUCACUCUCUCCCACACCUCUGUCACAACAGGAACCCAUUCUUUGCUCUCUCCCUCCACCCGUUCCCCUCUUCCUGAAGACCCCUGAGGACUUGAACCUUCACCUUUGACACCACCUGUGUGACCCCUGGAUGACAGUCCACCUCUCCCGGAAUCAACCCCGUCGAACUUCACUGAACAGACAACACCAGGAACACUUCAGAAGCACUGCAGACGUCAACACCACCAUGUGUCACGUGAUCGUGACCUGUCGCUCCAUGCUGUGGACUCUACUCAGCAUCGUGGUCGCCUUCGGCGAGCUCAUCGCCUUCAUGAGCACUGAUUGGCUGGUGGGCUCCCCCCGGACACCGGACGCCGUCUUCAGCCCUCACGGCACCACUGCAGCCGGCGAGGCCUACCGGCCCACCCUGGGCAUCUACGGCCGCUGCAUCAAGCUGCCCCACCUGCAGCGCGGCGUGCUGUGCGGGCCGUACGCCGCGCACUUUGGGGAGAUCGCCAGCGGGUUCUGGCAGGCGGCGGCCAUCUUCCUGGCGGCAGGCAUCCUGCUGCUGUGUGCCGUGGCCUUCAUCUCCGUCUUCACCAUGUGCUUCCAGAGCAUCAUGAAGAAGAGCAUCUUCAACGUGUGUGGACUGCUGCAGGCCAUCGCAGGUCUGUUUCUGAUCCUGGGUCUGAUGCUAUACCCUGCAGGCUGGGGUUCAGACAAGGUGCAGCUGUACUGUGGUCAGGACGCGGCUCCCUACCGGUCGGGGCUGUGCACCAUGGGCUGGGCCUUCUACACAGCCAUGGGGGGCACCGUGCUCACCUUCGUCUGUGCUGUGUUCUCCGCCCAGGCCGAGAUCGCCACGUCCUCAGACAAGGUGCAGGAGGAGAUUGAGGAGGGCAAGAGCCUUAUCUGCCUGCUCUGAGGCUGACGAGGAGGAUUGUCACGUCCUACCCCCCUCGUCUCCACUCUGGGGCCCAGCUGUCAAUCAAACGGAGCCCCCCCCCCCCCCUCCCCCAUAUUGUUUACCACUAAGACUGACUCUCUGACCUUUGACCCUGUAUUGUUGUUAUUGUUGAUGUGGGAGAAAUCUACAGUGCCAAGCUUUUCACAAACGUGUGUUUCAGUGUAUUUCCUCUCUCCGCCACCAGAGGUGCUGUCUGUCUGUGUUCUGUGUGUUAUUAUUUGUAAUGUGUGCCAGUACCAGCUACCCUGACACCAGUAAGUUUGUAUUGUAAAUAAGUGUGCAUAUACUGUACAUAGUGAUGAUGAUGAUCUGAGAAUGGUGGUCCUCUCAGCUCUGUUCAGGCUGUGUUUUAAAUGAUGUCACUCUCGCCUUGAAUCCUGGUGUGAUGAUGUCACGACCUGAAGAUCCGCCUACCUGGUGCUAGUCAACUGUAAUAACGUAAAAUCCCAGAUAGAAGUUGCCCCUGGCUACAGAUCUAGGAUCAGAUUUCCCAACCCCAAAUCAUAACCUGAACCUAAUGGGGAGGAUCAAAUAACAUCUGACCCUGGACCAGCGGUUAGAGGGAACUUCUGCCAGCGCCAACUUAAGCCAGGUGUGAGUAAAUUUACAAGGGAACCACUACUCAGUCCAGUAAACUACUCUCAGACAUGGCCUUAGUUUAGCAUGGAAUCGUGAUGUCCUUAAAGCUUACAGAAUGUACUGUCAAUUGAAAUGACCAAUGUAUGUCUUCUUGGACCCUUGAAAUGUAUUGAUGGGACACCUACACCAGCCAUGGUUCACACGGACUGUAUGAGCCUGCUAAGAGAGAGCUGUGGUGUGUUUGUGUGUGUGUGUGUUUGUUAUUGUGUGUGAGAGACUGUGCUUGGUUCCUUUUUCAAAUAUUGAGAUGAUUUUGCCUGGACCCCCCCCCAUCUCUGAUGAUCCUAGCCCGGUCUCGUUGAGGUCCUCCUCAGCCGACUCCCUAUAAUCUAUGGACAAAGACUUGGACAACAACACACAAGUAUUCAUAUGAGUGUCUUGUUUCAGGGAGGACUCUUAUUCCUGCGACACCAAGGGAGGACUGUUAUUCCGGCAACACCAGCCACAGCGCUGGAGAGAAACUGUUGAAAUGUGUGUUGUUGAAUGGUCAUCCCACUUUCCCAGCACCUCGGUCCGUCUCUGCCAAACCAAUAAAAACAGAAAGAGAAAGAAAA